UGUGCUAUUUUUUCCCAAUCAGCAGCCAGUUGGUCAUCUGUUGGAGAUGACCUAAUGGCAUUUGACAGUGCGGCAUUCUUAGCGGUGGCAAAGCCCCCGAUUUCCACGAGCUGGGGUUUUAGCGGCGCGAGAGGGGAGAGAGAGGGAGAGAUAGAGGAGAAGAGUAAGUAGGGGAACGGAAGAUGAGCCGGAGCCUGGGGAUCCCGGUGAAGCUGCUGCACGAGGCGGCGGGGCACGUGGUGACGGUGGAGCUCAAGACCGGCGAGGUGUACCGGGGAUCCAUGGUCGAGUGCGAGGACAACUGGAACUGCCAGCUCGAGAACAUCACCUUCACCGCCAAGGAUGGGAAGGUGUCGCAGCUGGAGCACGUCUUCAUCAGAGGAAGCAGAGUGAGGUUUAUGAUUAUACCAGAUAUGCUCAAGAACGCCCCCAUGUUCAAACGCUUGGAAGCAAGGAUUAGGGGCAAAGGAUCAGCUAUUGGAGUUGGUCGUGGCCGUGCAGUUGCAAUGCGUGCUCGGGCUGCUGCUGGUCGUGGUGGUGGUCCUAUUGGGCGGGGCGGCGCACCACCUGUGAGGAGGUAGAUUUCUUCAUGGCAUUAUGCACUUCGUCAUCUGGCUGAGGAGGUUACUGUCUUCAAUAUCAAAACAUUGUCUAGUAGUUAAACUGCUUAUGUGCCUCCUGUAUGAUUUGUCGGCAUAAGGAACAAAUUCUGUCUGUUGGGUAGCUGCUAUGUGAUGUCUUAACGGUAGAGAGAGAUGGUUAACUUGAGUAUGAGAUUUCAAAGGUGGAACAGUCAGUUUUCACCCCGAUUUGGAUGACUGGACCAGUGCUUAUCCCGUCAAGGAAUUAACUUUUGCUUUUGCCCA